AUGCCUCAAAGCCACUCGUAUCUCGUUUUGCGAUCGAUACUGCUAUUUCUUUCGUUUUCUGCGGGGUUGACGGGCGCACAACAUGCAAACGGGAUGGAUAUGAGUAUGGACGGGCCGAUGAACUUGGCCAGCGGCUCCAUGAUUCCAUACGUCCACUUCACGCCGGGCGACGUCCUCCUGUUCCUUGGCUGGGUGCCCAAGUCCAACGGUGCGAUGGUCGGCACCUGUAUCGGCCUGUUCUUGCUUGGGAUAUUGACUAGAUGGUUUGCCGCUAUCCGAGUUGGUGGGGAGAAGAUAUGGAGGGGAGAGGACGCUGCAAGGCUGGUGGAUCACAAACGAGAUGAAGAUUUGGAUCGAGUGCCCUCUGCGGAGUCGGCAGAGGUUUCAGAAGCUGUAUCGGAGGUGUCGAAGAAACCCCCAACAUCGAAGCAGAUGCAGCACCCGCUGGUCGUGGUCUUGACGUCCACCGUCACAGCUUUGAGAAGUGUGAAGAUCGUGCCGCAGCACGCGUAUGCCAGGGGUAUUAUGCAGGUCGUACAGUCAGCCUUGGACUUCGCGCUUAUGUUGAUUGUUAUGACAUAUCAAGCCUCGUUCAUUAUCUCUAUCGUACUAGGCCUAGGCGUUGGAGAGACGCUCUUUGGGCGGUAUAUGGUUAUGCUGUGA